GACAGGACGGUGCUUGCGUUGCGUGUUCUAAGUUUUAUCCAGUUUCAGUUGAUAGCUAUCGGAAUUGCAAUCGGAGGUGGAGUGCAGAUGGGGAAAUCCACAGCUUUCAAGGAAACUUUCUCAUUUGAGGAACGAUGCCAGGAAUCACAAGACAUCGUUGCCAGAUAUCCCGAUCGACUUCCUGUGGUAGUGGAGAGGUAUACUAAAACCGACCUUCCUGAGAUGGAGAAGAAGAAAUACUUGGUACCGCGGGACAUGUCGAUUGGCCAAUUUAUUCACAUACUUAGCGGCAGGCUCCAUCUGUCUCCUGGAAAGGCCCUCUUCAUAUUUGUGGACAACACAUUGCCUCAGACAUCGAGCUUGAUAGAGUCGGUGUACGAAUCAUUUAAGGAUGAAGAUGGGUUCUUGUACAUGUGCUACAGCAGUGAGAAAACCUUUGGCAACAAUCUGUAUUAAUUAAGUACUACUCAAGUAUGAUGUUGCAACUAUUUUAUCUGUAAAUGUGAAGGAUUAUUAUUAAUAAUGUGUGUAUUUGUUACUUGUCAUGUCUAAGUUGUAGCUUUCUUUGCCAUCAACUAUGUACAAGCCAGUUGUUGGUUUGGAAGGACCAUGGUAUGCAUUGUAAGAAAAUAAAAUUAGGUUUGAUGGUGUAAAUGGUUCUUGAAAAGC